UCAAUGAACGGAGCUAAACAAACGGGUUGGGCAAUCGAACUUAAGGACGGUCGUGGGAUGUACGAUCACUGUGUUUUUACUCGUAGUUUUUUUGUGCGGGCGAGUCAAAACUGGAUUCAGUGAUAACAUCGACAGUUCUCUAUGUUUGAUAGAAUUAAAUCUACAACUUUACUACCGUGCAGUCGCUUGGAUAUUGGCACUUAAGAGCGCGAAUAACAACUGACAGUAAAUCAUCUUUGCGGCGGUACAUCGAGUUCGAGGAUGAUUUUUGCGAAUUCUGGCAACCCGUUGAGAAAUACAUAUCGUAAACAGCCCCAAGUUGGCCCGUCGUCUCAGCCCAUGGCUCCCCCGAGCCCCGGAACCAACAGCAGCACCAAUCAGAGCAGCAGCAGCAGCAGCACGGCAGGUUGGGAGCAGCUCAGCAAAACCAACCUGUACAUCCGUGGCUUGCCCCCAGCAACCACCGACCAUGACCUGGUCAAGCUCUGCCAGCCUUAUGGGAAAAUAGUAUCGACGAAGGCCAUCCUGGAUAAGACUACAAACAAAUGCAAAGGUUAUGGCUUUGUGGACUUUGACAGCCCUGCUGCUGCACAGAAAGCCGUCAACGCUCUGAAAAACAACGGCGUGCAAGCACAGAUGGCAAAGCAACAGGAGCAGGACCCCACCAACCUGUACAUUUCCAAUUUGCCACUAUCGAUGGAUGAGCAGGAGCUGGAGACCAUGCUGAAGCCCUUCGGCCAGGUCGUCUCCACACGCAUACUGCGCGAUUCGAACGGUGCAAGCAGAGGGGUUGGAUUUGCGAGGAUGGAGUCCACAGAAAAAUGUGACGCUGUAAUUUCUCACUUCAAUGGAAAGUUCCUCAAGAUGCCAGCUGGAGUAAUGGCCCCUACUGAGCCGCUGCUGUGUAAGUUUGCAGAUGGAGGGCAGAAAAAGCGACAGAGCCAAAAUAAAUAUGUGCCUAAUGGACGAGCAUGGGCCAGAGAGGGAGAAGCCAGACUUGCUGGAAUGACGCUCACAUACGACCCCACUGCUGCAGCUAUGCAGAACGGGUUCUAUCCCCCUUACAGCAUUACCAACCGAAUGAUCGCUCAACCUCCCAUGUCACCCUACAUCUCCCCCGUGUCCACAUACCCGGUGCAGACGCCGUCCUGGGUCACCCAUCAGCCCUACAUCAUGCAGCAUCCGGGAGCUGUAAUAUCACCCUCUAUGGAUCCCUCCAUGUCACUGCAGCCCACAUCCAUGAUGAGCCCCCUCACUCAGCAGAUGAGCCACCUCUCUCUGGGCAGCACAGGAGCGUUCAUGCCAGCUAAUGCAGCAUUACAGGGCGCCUACAUCCCUCAGUACACUCCAAUGCAGCCUGCUACAGUGGAGGAGAAUAGUUCACAGCCUCAGGUGGAGUCGAGCGGAGAUCAUUCUCCCUAUGCCUACCAACAUACCAAGUGAUGAAGAGGUUCCUCAGCACUCAGGAGACUGAGAGGAGCAACAGCUUCAACAAUCAUGCUUCCUCUGUUGGACUAAGCUCAACCGUUUGGUCGACGUUUGAAACGAUGAGUUUUCUCUGUUUUUAAAAACAACUACCCAGACUAUUUUUGGUAUAAGUUCUAUGAGGUGCAAAUAAAAUCUUGAUUUCACCAGAGGAUUCUAGCUAUCUAAGAAGAACAUGAAAAUGGAUUAAAAAAAAAAAAAAAGUUUUAUUUUAAUAAUAAAAAAAAAAGAACGUUUAUUUUUACCAAGGAGUCGUCACAUGGGUGCAAGACCUCAAAGGAUCAUGUGACUAGAUGUACAUGGUAGCAGGUGUCCAUUGUUGAUAAUUUUUUAUGAUUUCAGUUGUGUGUGUGUGACUUUUUUUUUUUCUCAUUUUUUCCCCUUCUUCUUCUUCUUCUUCUUCUUCUCAUUUUCUUUCCCUACUUUGUACUGAACUAGUUGUGUUGAUUGAAGAGAUUUAUUAGCCGGACAUCCUGAGAAAGAUGUUUUUGUGCUUGCAGUGUGUGUUGCAAUGGUGAAGUGUUACAUGUGUCCUCUUGUACAGUGUGUUUUUCCCCCAGUUGAUCUUUCUCUUUUCUCUUUUCUCUUUCCAUACAAUUUGCCUUAAGUUCGUUCCAUACAGCUGUACAUGUAGUCUCUAACUGAGGCUCGCUCAGAGAAAGAGACGUUCAAAUCAGCUAUGGCCUUGUAAAUCAGCUGAAUAGGGCUUUCUUUAGGAGCUAGCUAAUGAAAUUCGGUUUUGCCUCGUUUAAGUGUUUUGCUGUUUACUGAUCUCCAUAGUGCUUUUUAGAUUAGGAACCAUGUUGAGUGAUGAUAAAUGUUGAUUUGAGUUUAAAUACGAUGUACUGUUUUCGUAAUCAGAGGCACAACGCCUCUGGUUGUUUGAAUGUGGUAGAAAUUCUGCUGAAUGAUCACAUUUUAAAAAUGCCUUUUAGGGGGAAAAAAAACUUGUAGUUUAGCUGCGGGGAAAAGUGGUGUGACCAAGUCUUUUAUUUUCAUUUUAUUUUUUAUUUUUGGGGGGAGGGAGAGGGGCGAUUUCGCAGUUGUAAUGUGCUUUUAUGACCAUGUACAGAUGAACUAAGCCUUCCAUGGCAACUUUAAGCAAGGAUUAAGCAGAGAUUGUGAGAUGAGAUUGAUUUUCUGUAGAUUUUAGUUUGCCUAGCUCUUUUUUUUUUUUUUUUUCGUCAGAACUCGGCACUUUCAAGUUUACUUCACCAAAGACAGUGAGCUAGCAAGCAGAGAUCAAAUAAUAAGUACAAUAUAAUUUCCUCCCUACGCAGGAUAGGCUUUUUAAUGGACUGGACUGCAAUUUUAAGAAUGUGCCUUCUUUGUAUAUAUGCAUCCGGUUGUUUUAGUUGUUGUCUAGGUCUGGACACAUGCAAGAAGGAAGAUUUGGAUCCGACAAGUGCCACAUACAUCACUACAGAGCACACGAAACUGAAAUAUGAAACUAGAACAUGGAAAAGGAGAAGUUUGAAACUAUGAACUGAUCAGCACAGUGGUUAUCUGCUAUGCUUUUGUUCAGCAAGAGAAUGCCUUUAAAUUUUUUCUUUUUUUUUUUCUCCCAAAUUACAAUAGGCUUUUGUUUUGGCUUUAGUAGGUUGUCUUCCAAAAGACUGUUUUUUGAACUGGUGGUCCUAUUGACCAAUUAUCUACCUCAGAUUUGCGUUCUCCUCUGUUUCGAUUGGCCGGGCUAGCAGGUUCAGCCCCGCCCCUCCAGACCAAAUGGCUAGCUCUGGAGCUGCCCUCAUCUACACUUGUUUUCUUUCAGGUUGUUUUUAAAUGCUUUGGGUUUUUUUUUUUUUUUUCUUCGACAAAAAUGUUUUUUUUUUUAAUGCAAAUGUUAUUGUUUUGAGGAUAGAUGUACGUUGAACGUGAUUGAAUCUUGUCUAGACAUUCAGUUUCAUAGUUUCAAAGGCAAAAACACUGCUGCUUAAUCACAGGAUGUUUUCGUAGUUGGCCAUGACAAAGAGAUGAACGAAAGAAGGAGAAAAAUAAAGAGGAACAAAUCUAAACUGAUGGUUGUGGUAUUCCUCUGAUCUUCCAUAAACUUUGGCGCUGUUCAGUCCCAAUCCAGACUUUUAGCAGCACAACCCUCACAGCUCUGCUGGAAUGACUGUGCAUAUAUAUAUAUAUGUGUGUGUGUGUGUGUGUGUG